GAGCGAGCGUAGAGAGAGUGUGCGUACGGUCGUCGGCGGCGAGUAAGGCCCGGCAGUCGGCGUCUCGCGCGAGAGAUACGCUUGCGGUAUACGGUACACGGCACGGCGCGAGGUGACGCGACGCGACGCUACGCGACGUGACGGUGACGUGACCGCGAGACACCACCGAACGCCGCCGCCGCCGCCGCCACGCCACGACGCGCGCUGCCGAUCGGUGACGGGAAGGCUCUCUAUCACCCUUUGUUCCUCGCGGAGCUCGGAGUGCGUGACCCGACGUGUGUGUACGCGCGAUCCAAAUCUCUGUCCGAAUCCGCGACAAGUGAGUGAAUCAGGACAAUAAAUAUGUCAGACGACAAUUCGCCCGUGGUGGAGGAGCAAAAAAAGAAGAGGGGCAGGCCGGCCAAGGCGGACAAGAACGCUGUUAAGGAGCCCAAAAAGAGGGGUAGGCCCGCCGCGGAAAAGAAUAACGCGGUACGCCCCGCCAAGUCUGACAACGAGGACGACGCACCACCUGGACCCGUUAAAAAGGGAAGGGGUAGACCCAAGGGAUCCCACAAGAAGAAGCAAGGACCACCAAAAGGCACAACCACUUCGCCACGCGGUCGCGGUAGACCGAAAAAGACGGAAGAGAAACCCGAGCUCACCGGCGAGGAUGAAGACGAGCAAGAGGAGGAGGAGGAGGAGGAGGAGAAUUGAAGCAUCUCGGGAUGCAAUAGGGGAGGACGAAACUAACACAACAGCUGACUUAUCCUUCGAAGAUUUUUAAAUAGAAAAUCAAUUAUUUCAAUCAAUUCACUUGCGUUUAUUCCGUUUUAAUCCGAUUCAUUUUCGCGCGAGCCUCGUGGCCAAGUGGGCAACUGUCCUCGCCGACUACCGGAGUUCUCUGCCGAACUCCGGUACGCGGUCCGCAUUGCCACGCGCCGACGAGCUUAAAAUGAAACGUUAGAUCAAAAGUUGUGUUACAAAUUCAUUAAGUUCUUUAUAUUUACUUGACAUCGCUAUUAAUGAUAAAUGAAAUCAUACUUUUAAGUAUCGAGUACGUGUAACCUUCUUUAACAGUUAAAAAAAAGACUGGAAUUCUCAAGAUGCAGAUCUCAAAAUAUUUCUUUCAUUUGCCCGAGAAGUGAGGUUUGAUAAACUUUUUAUUAUUAAAACACAUUAAUAUAGAGUAUUGUGUCACAUGUUUGCUACCUCCUUUUCUCCCUCAUCUACAUAUUACGCGAUUCAUGAAGCCAAAAAAAAACACAUACCGAUCUAAUAUUGUAAGAGAUAGAGAAAGAUAAACGGAAAAAAAAAUUUCUUGUAUGUAACAUAUGCAGGGAUUAUUCUUUUCUAAUUAACACAUAACUACAUUUUCUUAAUGAAUAUUAAUGUAUAUUACUGUCGUUUUUGAGGCAAGCAUAUGUGUGAAUGUCAAAUUUGUAUUAAAGUAAAUAAACUCAAAGUACUCUUAUUAA